AAAAGGAAAUGUCAUGUAAUGCAUGAUUGCAGCAGGGGACAACAAAAGAGCUUUCAGACAGAAAAAACGCGCCUAAAUCGACUCGCCGGAGUUUCUCACCGGAGCCACUGCCAUUCACACCCAAAUCGCCGCCACUGCCACUGUUCUCUCUCUCUAGGGUUUCGUCAGAUCACAAUCAAUUUUUUGUUCAGAGCACAAAGCGCAUCGAUUUCACGGUUUUUGGCUUGGAAAUGCAUGAGGCUGUGGAAUUCAGGUAACUGUUUGAGGAUGCAUAGAAGUGUGAUUGUUAAUCAUUGAGGUGAGGAAAUGGAUUCUGCAAGGAGCUGGCUUCAGAAGUUCCAGCCUCGAGAUAAAAUGAAGUCAAAGAAGAAGGAUGAGGAUGGUGGUGGUGGGGAUCGAGAUUUGAGUGCACCCGUGGAUGAAGCGUCUCUUUCGAGUGACACGAAGCAGAAGGUUGCAGCGGCAAAGCAGUAUAUUGAAAAUCAUUACAAGGAGCAGAUGAAGAACCUUCAGGAGAGGAAGGAGCGGCGAACCUUCUUGGAAAAGAAGUUGGCUGAUGCUGAUGUCUCUGAAGAGGAUCAAAACAACCUGCUUAAGUUUUUAGAGAAAAAGGAAACUGAAUAUAUGCGCCUUCAGAGGCACAAGAUGGGGGUUGAGGAUUUUGAGUUAUUGACUAUGAUUGGAAGAGGUGCAUUUGGGGAGGUCAGAGUCUGUAGGGAGAAGACGACUGGUAAUGUAUAUGCAAUGAAAAAGCUAAAGAAAUCAGAGAUGCUUCGCCGAGGCCAGGUUGAACAUGUCAAAGCGGAAAGGAAUCUCCUUGCAGAGGUUGACAGCAAUUGCAUAGUCAAACUUUAUUGUUCUUUCCAGGAUGAUGAGUAUCUGUAUCUUAUCAUGGAGUAUCUACCGGGUGGAGAUAUGAUGACUCUACUUAUGAGAAAGGAUACCUUGACUGAAGAUGAAGCCAGAUUUUAUGUAGCAGAAACAAUUCUGGCUAUUGAAUCUAUACACAUACACAAUUAUAUACAUAGGGAUAUCAAGCCUGACAACUUAUUACUUGAUAAAUACGGGCACUUGAAACUGUCAGAUUUUGGACUUUGUAAACCAUUAGAUUGUAGUACACUUGAAGAAAAGGAUUUUUCCGGGGGUCCGAAUGUGAAUGGAUCUACACAGAAUAAUGAGAGUUCAGCUCCAAAACGUACACAACAGGAACAACUGCAAAACUGGCAAAAAAACAGGAGGACACUUGCUUAUUCCACAGUGGGUACACCAGAUUAUAUUGCUCCAGAAGUUCUUUUGAAGAAAGGUUAUGGAAUGGAGUGUGAUUGGUGGUCACUUGGAGCUAUUAUGUAUGAAAUGUUGGUGGGAUAUCCACCUUUUUAUUCUGAUGAGCCAAUGGCAACAUGUAGAAAGAUAGUGAACUGGAGAUCUUACUUGAAAUUUCCUGAAGAAGCUAUGCUAUCCCCAAAAGCUAAAGGGCUUAUUAGUAGACUUUUGUGUAAUGUCAACCAGAGGCUGGGGUCAAAAGGUGCUGAUGAAAUAAAGGCUCAUGCCUUCUUCGAAGGUGUUGAAUGGGAUAAGCUGUAUCAAAUGGAAGCUGCAUUUAUUCCUGAGGUCAAUGAUGAGUUAGAUACUCAGAAUUUCGAAAAGUUUGAUGAGACUGACAACCAAAGUCAAUCAUCAAGAAGAGCUGGUCCAUGGAGGAAGAUGCUUUCGUCCAAGGACUUGAAUUUUGUUGGAUACACGUACAAGAACUUCGAAAUUGUCAAUGAUUACCAAGUUCCUGGGAUGGCUGAACUGAAGAAGAAACCGUCCAAAUCAAAGAGACCAUCCAUCAAGUCACUUUUUGAUUCUGAGUCGGAGAUAUCAGAGGGAUCUGAGAUUUCUGAUACAUCUGCUAGUAACAGACCUACUCAAGGAAGCUUUUUAAAUCUCUUGCCACCCAAAGCAGAGCCAUCUCAUAGCGCGAGGAAUCUUCCUCCAAAAUACUAACAUGGCAAUAUCAUGAUCUAUCAGGUCAGAGAGUGUAGGUAUCAUAACUCUUGCUUGAAGCACCUUGACUAUCUCUAUGUUUAAAGUAGCACUCUUAAUGCUAUUUCCACGCUAGGAUUUGUCCUUGGUCACACAUGGUUAUGAGAAAAGUUUCAACUAAUCAACUCAAGCUGGUUUGAGAGUGUUUUGUGUCAGUGCCACAACUAUUGAAUUGUAAAUCUUACUGUGUCCAUUGUCAAAUAUGUCACACUGUCAAUGAAUACGGGAUACUGUGUAUAUUCGUGCUCUCUUUUACAUCAAUGAUAGCUAGCAUUUAUCCCUCUGACAUUGGAGUGUAAUGACAGAUUAGUUAAUUUUCUUGAACGAGACUCUGAAUUAAUUUUCUUUAUUAAUGUCAAUAUUGUAAUUUGUUAAGGUCUUUUUUUUUACAUUAUUUAUGACAAUGAGACUCCAUUGAACUUGCA